AUGACGAAGAGAAAAUUCAGCACGCAUGUCGCAGACCAAGCAUUCGUCCAAAUGGCUCCCGCUAUCAAACUCAACCGAGGAGAAGAGCAGCUUCAGCGUCUCCUACUAGACACGUCGUCGUACAUCAACAAGUCCAGGUCGACCGACGAACCCGUCGUCAUUCGAUGGGCAGGCGGCUGGGUUCGCGAUAAGGUUCUCGGCAUGGAGACAAAUGACAUAGAUGUCGCCAUAAACUCGAUGACGGGAGUGGAUUUUGCCCAGCACAUGCAUGCGUAUUGCAGUACGCAGGAAGCGAUCGGUGCACAUUCCAUCAAGCCAGACGACGUUGGGAACCUACACAAUGUGUCUCGGAAUCCAGACAAGUCUAAGCAUCUCGAGACAGCCAUGUUGCGCAUGUUUGGUCUCGAUCUAGACCUCGUCAAUCUCCGCAAGGAGAGGUACGCUGAAGACAGUCGGAAUCCAAUCGUAGAAUUCGGCACUCCUGAAGAGGAUGCACUCCGACGAGAUGCCACCGUCAAUGCCCUAUUCUUCAAUCUGCACACAAACCAGAUUGAGGAUUUCACCGGUGGCUUGCAGGAUCUGAAAGCCAAAGUGUUGCGGACGCCGCUCAACCCGUUGCAAACCUUCAAGGAUGACCCUCUUCGUGUCCUCCGUCUUGUUCGUUUCGCCAGCCGUCUGAACUUCUCCAUCGACGCAGACACCAGCAGCGUAAUGGCAGACGAGCAGGUUUUGGCAGCCCUCCGUGUCAAAAUAAGCCGUGAACGAGUCGGGACCGAGCUGGAAAAGAUGCUGAAAGGAGACCACCCUUUCCUUGCAUUAAAACUCAUCGACGAUCUGGGCCUGUACCAUUCAGUCUUUACGGAUCCAACUGCUGAAUGCACGGUGCGGCCAGAUUUAUCUCGAUGGCAUGUCGCGUACAGCUGUCUCCGUGACUUGCAAACCACUGACUGCCCAGGCUCUAUUGGCCGGCUCUUGAUUCCCUCGGACGACUCGGGAUAUGUGGCUUGGAACCUGGCGGCCUUGAGCCCGUGGAUGGUCAUGGCAUCUCCGCCCAGCGGCAAUCGAAAAUCAGCGCUGCCUCCAGCGUCAAUGGCAGCUCGAGAGGGACUCAAGGCGCCAAACAAGCUGACGGACACCAUAACAGCUAGUCACAUGCACCGAAAGGAAAUCAUGGAACUGAAGCGGAUGGCAUGUGGCAAGGAGGCGAUGACUGGUUCCAGGCACGUUCUGGGCAUGGCUAUUCGGAAAUGGGACUCGCACGGAGGUUUCUGGACUCUGCAGGUCCUGAACGCGCUUCUGGUAGAAGCCAUGGAAACGAUGAGCAUCUGGCCAGGAGCAGGUGACAGAGCACGUGAUGCCUUCAUUCGUGGAUGGCAGCGCUUUCUGGACCAGAUCGUGGGGAUGGAUUUAUAUGAUGCACCUUUUCUGAAGAGGCUGCUGGACGGGCGGUCCCUGGCAAAGGCAAUCGGCGCGCAGCCAGGGAGGUGGACGGGGAAAGCGUUGGAUGUGUGCCUCGAAUGGCAAUUUCGAAACCCGACGGAGAAAGACCCAAGCGGAGCAAUAGCAGAAGUCCGGCGGCGUUGGGAGGAGCUCGGCAUACCGAGAGAUGAAGACGGCAUUGAUUGA